GAUGUCAUCGAACGAGGCGUAUCACAGAACAAUCGACCCGGGUGCUGGUGGUGAUACCAACAACCGAGAGCAGCCAUCAGGAUCAAACGGAAAUGGUCCUAGCAGUUCAAGAGGAGGCAAUCAAGUGCUUCAAAAUAAUUUAAAUGAAACAACAUAUCUUAAACCUGCCGCCAAACAGGCCUAUUUCAGUGAUGAGAAGGUCCUUAUACCCGACGAUGAACGCUCAAAUAUCGGUUUCAGUUUUCGCAAACUUUGGGCCUUCAGUGGACCCGGUUUUCUCAUGUCCAUUGCAUAUCUAGAUCCCGGCAAUGUUGAGUCAGAUUUACAAUCUGGUGCAGCAGCUAAAUAUAAAAUCUUAUGGGUCUUGCUAUGGGCCACAAUCUUGGGUCUACUAAUGCAACGCUUGGCUGCAAGACUGGGCGUCGUUACCGGCUUGCAUUUGGCCGAGAUGUGUUAUCGUCAAUAUAAACGAUUACCACGCUGGAUACUUUGGAUUAUGAUUGAAAUAGCCAUCAUUGGUUCUGAUAUGCAGGAAGUCAUUGGCACCGCCAUAGCCAUCUAUUUGUUAUCCAAUAAAGUUGUUCCUCUGUGGGGUGGCGUCUUAAUCACCAUUGUGGAUACAUUUACGUUCCUAUUUCUGGAUAAAUAUGGCUUGCGAAAGUUGGAGUUUCUAUUUGGAUUUCUGAUCACUGUUAUGGCUAUAUCAUUUGGCUAUGAGUACAUUGUCUCGGCCCCUAAUCAAGUUGAGGUAAUUGAAGGCAUGUUUAUUCCUUGGUGCUCGGAUUGCAAUUCCGAUGUACUUUUACAAGCUGUGGGCGUUGUUGGUGCUGUCAUUAUGCCACAUAAUUUGUAUUUACACUCGGCACUGGUUAAGUCUCGCGAUGUUGAUCGUCGCCAGCCAAAAAAAGUGAGCGAGGCUAAUUUCUAUUUCUUCAUUGAGGCAUCGGUGGCUUUGUUUGUGUCGUUUAUUAUCAAUCUCUUUGUUGUGGGUGUUUUUGCUCAUGGCAUGUAUGGCAAAACAAAUGCAGAUGUGCUGGAGGUUUGCCAAAACAAAUCCAUGUACGAUGACGCCGUAGCCUCAUUUGGCAAUAAUACAGCCAUUAUCGAUGCAGAUCUAUACAAGGGCGGUCUCUUUUUGGGUUGCACCUUUGGUGCAGCAGCCAUGUACAUUUGGGGUGUGGGCAUUUUGGCUGCUGGUCAGAGUUCAACAAUGACUGGCACCUAUGCUGGUCAAUUCUCAAUGGAGGGUUUCCUCAAUUUGCAAUGGCCCCGCUGGUGUCGUGUGCUGGUCACACGUCUUAUUGCCAUUAUACCAACCUUUUGUUUGGCCAUGUUUAGUAAAAUGGAAGAUUUAACCAACAUGAACGAUAUACUAAAUGCGGUCAUGUCUCUGCAAUUACCAUUUGCUGCCAUACCCACCAUUGCGUUCACUUCGUGUGCGGCCAUAAUGGGUGAAUUUGUCAAUGGACUGGGCAACAAAAUCGUUUCCAUAUGCCUAACUAUUGUGGUAAUUGGCGUUAAUUUGUAUUUUGUGGUUAACCAAGUGGAGGCUAUGCAAAUUGAAGGAGGCCUAUUGGCUUUAGUCUGUAUAUUUGCCAUUUUAUACAUAUUGUUUAAUAUAUAUCUUGUGAUACAUAUGGCUGCCUGCAUGGGUAAUCAGAGACUAAUGAACAGUCGGUGGGUCCAACGGUUUGUGUUACCAAGCCAAAAUAGUUUUUCGAUAAAGAAUGCCAAUUCAACUUAUGCCAGAAUUGCCACAAAUGCCGACACAGAUGGGGAUAUUGUGGACGGUGAAGGGGACGCGUAGCCAUUACUGUGCUGCACUGAUUCCGAUGGCAGUGAGGAGAUUUGUUUUAGCAGCAAUAACAAUGAAAUCGGUUGUCCCAGCAGCAAUGCCAAUGGCCAUGUAAUCAUCAGCUAGCAUUGGUUUCAUGCCCACCAUCGUCGUCAUUAUCAUUAUGAUUAUUGCACAAACAAAUCACUCAACAAUGGACCAAAUGUGGCAAGGAUUUCCAUAAACCAGAUGACCAAUUUUCAUCUGGCAUGGAAAGGGAUUUGUGUCUAUUGUUGCUUCGGAUAAUUUUCUAAAGUUUUCUAAGAAAACCAAAAUAAAAAGGGAAUCAGUGUAACAUACCUUCAAUACAAUAACAAUUAUUAGGAAUGCAAUGGAAAAGACAAGUUAAAGGCGUAUUAAAAAAAAGAAAAAAAUACUUGUAAUAAUUAUCUAAAAUUAUAUAAAAUAAGGCUGUGAGAUCAACUGAGAACAUCAACAAGAUAAAACAAUUGUAUAAAAAUCGCUUUUUAACGUUGCAAAAAGAAAAACAAAAACCAGAAAAAGAAACCAAACUAAGUAAAACCAACUAAAUUAUUUGUGUGGAAAAUUGUGAACAUUGCAUGUGAAUUGUGUGAAUAUUUAUUAUCUUAAAUCCUACAAUCAAUUUCAA